AACACUAACAAACUAUUUUUCUAACUAUCACUACUACUAACAAAUUGAUUGUUUUUACUAGAAAUACAAUUUAAAUACUUAAUUAAUCACCCAAUUUGAAUUACCAAAGGAUACAUUAAUUAGAAUUGGCGUAUAAGCAUAUAUGAUCCAUAAUCUGUUAUCACAUAUUCAAAUACCAUAUUUAGAAGCCCCAGGAGCAAUUUUCUGUAAAUAAACCAAAGGAUGCAUCAAUCAUCAUCCAAAUUUUAAUUAUGAAGAAGCUAUAUCAUCAUUUAUUUUUCAUUUUGAUGCACAUUCCCAAGCUCAACAAACACUCAAACUAUAUCAUACAUGGUUACCCGUUUCAAAAGAAUCUCAGAAUCAGGUUCAAAUCUAUAGUCCCUGUUAGUUUUGAAAUGAAACAAUGCAAUUACUUCAUCUCAAAGCUAUGUAGAGAAGGCAAAAUUGACCAAGCACGCAAGGUGUUUGAUGAAAUGUCUGAACGGGAUACUUGUUUAUGGACUACAAUGAUAAGUGGGUAUGUCAAGUGUGGUAUGGUUAAGGAAGCGAGGAAGCUGUUUGAUAGAAUGGAUGCGGAGAAAAAUGUAAUUGUUUGGACUGCUAUGGUUGGUGGGUACAUCAAGCUGAAUCAAAUUGACGAAGCUGAGAGGUUGUUUUAUGAGAUGCCGGUUAGGAAUGUUGUGUCUUGGAAUACAAUGAUUGACGGGUAUGCGCGAAAUGGCCGAACGGAACAGGCUUUGGAUUUGUUUAUGAGAAUGCCGGAGAGGAAUGUGGUUUCUUGGAAUACGAUUAUAACGGCCUUGGCGCAUUCUGGGAGGAUUGAGGAUGCACAGAGGUUUUUUAAUAAGAUGCGGGAAAGGGAUGUGGUUUCGUGGACUACCAUGGUUGCUGGUUUGUCAAAGAAUGGGAGAAUUGAUGAUGCUCGAGAGCUUUUUGAUAGGAUGCCGAUCCGUAAUGUGGUUUCUUGGAAUGCAAUGAUUGCGGGUUAUGCGCAGAAUGGAAGGUUGGACGAGGCUUUAAAGUUGUUUGAGAGAAUGCCUGAGAGGGAUAUGCCUUCUUGGAAUACAAUGGUCACAGGUUUCAUUCAGAAUGGGGACUUGAAUAGGGCAGAGAAGUUAUUUUAUGCAAUGCCACAAAAGAAUGUCAUUACUUGGACUGCUAUGAUGACAGGAUACAUACAACAUGAUCUAAGUGAAGAAGCAUUGAAAAUAUUUAACAAAAUGCAAGCUAAUGAUGGAUUAAAACCAGCCACUGGAACUUUUGUGACCGUUUUAGGUGCUUGUAGUGACUUGGCAGGUCUUAUCGAAGGACAACAAAUCCAUCAAAUUAUUAGUAAAACAGUUUUUCAGGAGUGCACUCAUGUGGUAUCAGCACUGAUAAAUAUGUACUCAAAAUGCGGUGAGUUGCAUGUAGCUAGGAAGAUGUUUGACGAUGGGUUAUCCGGGCACAUGGAUUUGAUAUCUUGGAAUGGUAUGAUUGCCGCCUAUGCACAUCAUGGAUAUGGCAAUGAAGCAAUAAGCCUGUUUAAUAAAAUGCAAGAAUUAGGUUUCCAAGCCAAUGAUGUCACCUAUGUUGGACUUCUAACAGCUUGUAGUCAUGCUGGUUUAGUUGACGAGGGACUUAAAUACUUUGACGAGCUUUUGAAAAACCGAUAUAUACAAGUAAGAGAGGAUCACUACACUUGUCUGAUUGAUCUUUUUGGUCGUGCGGGAAGGCUGAAAGAAGCUUUCAAUAUCAUCGAGGGACUUGGAAAAGAGGCAUCAUUGUCUGUUUGGGGUGCACUACUAGCUGGAUGUCGUGAGCAUGGGAACACUGAUAUUGGGAAGGUCGUAGCUGAUAAAAUUUUGGAAACUGAACCAGAAAAUGCAGGCAUCUAUUCAUUACUCUUAAAUAUGUAUGCUUCUGUAGGGAAGGCGAAAGAAGCUGCCAGUGUUAGGAUAAAAAUGAAAGACAAAGGAUUAAAAAAGCAGCCCGGUUGUAGUUGGAUUGAAGUCGGAAAUACAGUGCAAGUAUUUGUAGUCAGUGAUCAAUCGCAUUCCCAAUAUGAGAUGCUAGGGUAUUUACUUCUUGAUCUACACACAAAAAUGAAGAAGGCUGGGAACAUGCCAGAUGAUGAUUUAUUGGUUGAUGCGGAAAUUUAGUAGUAUAAAUCCUUAUUGGUUAUAGCAGUGGAGUUGUAAUCGAAGUUGAUGUAAUAAUUGAGUACUCAUUUCAUUUAAUUUUUUCAACCACAAAAAUCCGUUAAUCUUUCCAAACAACUCAGUGAGAAGUCUGAUUCCAUAAGAGUUGAAAAUCUCCUGCUUGUAAGCUCAGAUGCUACAAAUUAAGGCUGCAAAGGAACUGAUUAAGGAAAUUGGAAUAUUAGAAUUAGAAGUCAUGUAUUUGGAACAAUAUAUGCUUUCAUUGUAUAGGAAAAUAUUUGAUGAACACAUUUCAUCACUGUCAACCAAAGCAAGAGGAUUGGAAUCAGCUUCAUACAUUAACAAAAGUACUUCUGCAUUAAGUUGCAAUGAUUGUAUCCUUGAGAAACAAAGAAGAUUGGAAUUAGCAUCAUACAUUACUAACGGAGCUUCUGUAGUACCUGUCAAUGGUGCUAUCACUGACAAAGAAAUUUCAGUUUAGCACUCAAGCGAUAACAUUUCAACAAGUAAUUUAGGUGGUUUUCAAAUCAAGGAAUGCGUUAACCAGUUAGAAUCGGAAUCUGUUUUAGACUAGUAUUCAUCGGUGUUACUCUGCAUUAUCUCAACAAACAGCUUGCUCGAUUGAAGCUUCUUCUGAGGACAUUAGGACCAAAGCUGCAGAGUCUUACCAUUCCCUACCAUUGUUCAUGCUAGAGGUAAGUACAAUAAAAAAUAAAAGAGAACAGGUUACAUUCAUAUGUCAUUUGCAGACCUCUAAUAUACGGCUUUCAAAUUUCACUAGCAAGCUCAGUGUUCUAAAUCCAACUCAACUAGCCUAGCAGAACAAUUUGAGAAUCGUUACAUUGACAACGUUCCAGCGACACUGAAUUGGCUUUCCGAGGGGAUGAUAAAAUGCAUAUCAGCUAUAUACUGUGAACUUUCAGACUCACCUUUUCUUUGUCAUAAAAAUGCUUGUCACCCGGUUAUGAGGUACAUCUUCAAAGACCAGGGUAGUAAGUGGGGAUCACAGUGGAAGAAGCAUUCAUUAUUCAAUUUAAACUCCAGUAACCCUUUCCAUGUCAAAGGGUAAAAUAAAAUUUGCGGACCUUAUUGUUCAAUGAUAAGGAUUGAGAAAUUAAAAGAAAAUGAGUACAUGCUACGCAGAUUUAGGUGAGCCAUCUUAUAGUUGAAGGCAAAGCAACAAGUAGACAUUGUGGAAAACAGAUUGCAGCACAGGAUCAGAGUGAGUUCCAAAUUUUUAUUUUUCAGGACCAAACUGAAACUUCAUUUUAAUCUUUGUUUAGCUUCUGGCAUGUUAAUCCGUAUGCAACUAUGUCUUAGACAGUAUUUUGUGUCCAUGUUUUGUCUAGUGUCCAUUCCAACUGUCCCAACUUAGGUCUCAGCCUCAGGUUUGGUAGCUUUCAUUCUUGCCAUGUGAAAGGGUGUCCAUGUUUUGCUGAAUAAGGAUAAAACUUAGGGAUGACAGGAAAACCCAAACCCGAUAGACUCACUCGAACCCAAACUCAAGUCAACGGGCGAAACCCGAGUUGACUGGGUUUGGGUUUGGGUUUGGGUUCGGGUGGCACCCGAAUAUAUGGGUGUGAGUUUGGGUAGUAUCAAACCCACACCCGAAACUCAUUCACCCACCCGUUUAUAUAUUAAAUUACCUAUUUACCCCUAUGUAUUUUGCUCCUUUUAAGUUUUUGAAUGUUGUAUCGGUGCAUGCUGUAGUGAUGAUAACAUUUGAUUAAUUGUUUAAUAAAAAAAUAAACUAUUUUGAAAUUUACAAACUAUAUAAUAUAUUGUCAAAUUAUGCUACAUUUUGCAUUUUAUCAAAUAUAGUUCGGGUCGGGUUUGAGCAGAUAAUCAA